CAGGUGUCACUUUAAGUGUCAAAUAUAUAUAACAUAACCUUAACAUUUGUUGUGAUUUUAUUUCAGGAUAUUCUUAUUUAUCACACAAAAAUGGGAAAACUAAACGUCUCUAUUAUGAGGUAUCUCACUCCUGAAGAUUUUAGAGUUUUGACAGCGAUCGAAAUGGGUAUGAAAAAUCAUGAAUUAGUUCCAGCUGCCAUGGCAGCUUCAAUUGCAAAUUUGCAGCAUGGAGGAGUGAAUAAAAUUCUUAGAGAAUUAUGUAAACAUCGCCUCUUAAGUUAUGAAAGAGGAAAAAGAUAUGAUGGUUAUAGACUUACUAAUACAGGUUAUGAUUAUUUAGCACUUCAUUCACUCACAAAGAGAAAUGUUGUUGCCUCGUUUGGAAAUCAAAUUGGUGUUGGUAAAGAAAGUAAUAUAUACACAGUUGCUAAUACCGAAGGAGAACAGUUAUGUCUUAAGUUACACAGAUUAGGCAGAAUAUGUUUCCGAAAAGUAACUGAAAAACGAGAUUAUCACAAACAUAGAAAAUCUGCAUCCUGGUUAUAUUUGUCAAGAAUUUCAGCUACCAAAGAAUAUGCAUAUUUAAAAGCCUUAUAUGAACGAAAAUUUCCUGUGCCAAAACCUAUUGAUUUUAACAGACAUUGUGUUAUUAUGGAACUUAUUAAUGGGACAUUAUUAAAUCAUGUGCAAGAAGUUCAAAAUAUUGAUUCACUAUAUGAUGAACUUAUGAACCUUAUUAUUAGAUUUGCAGAUUCUGGUGUAAUACAUGGAGAUUUUAAUGAAUUUAAUAUAAUUUUAAAUCCAGAAGAGAAACCUAUUAUAAUAGAUUUUCCACAAAUGAUUUCAACUGAACAUCCAAAUGCUGAAUAUUUCUUUAAUAGAGAUGUUAACUGUGUUAAAGAUUUUUUUAAAAAACGCUUUGGUUAUGAAAGUGAGCUAUAUCCACAAUUUUCAGAUAUUGACAGGGAAGACAAUUUGGAUGCAGAAGUAGCAUGUUCUGGAUUUACUAAAGAAAUGGCAAAACAUAUUAAUAAACAAUUUGGGUAUGAAGACUCUAAUGAUAGUAGUGAGGAAGAGGUUGAAGUGAAGACAGAAAAUAAAAAUGUACCAGAUAGAGAGGAUUUCUUUGAUGCAUCUGAAAAAUUAGAAGGGAAAGACGAUGUCCAAGAUUUGGUCUCAAUUUCCAACAGUUCAACAAUAAAUUUCAUAUUUGAUCAACUAAAACUAAAGAGUAAAUUUGAUGAUACAGCUCAAAAAAUAGAUGACUUAAACGAAUUGUUAAUUCGUGAUAAGGACGCCAACGGCUAUCGAUUGCUGACAGAUGAUGAAAUCGUUGAAAUGGCGACAGGGGCGAACGAAACUGUUUCAGAAGCUGACAGAGACUCUGAUGGUGGCGAUGUUGAUGAUGCUAUUACAACUCACGUAGAUUUGCGUAAAGAAGCUAGAGGAGCUGCAUCUCUCAUACAAUAA